GCUUAUUAAUAAAUAGGAGGGGAGGUCUUAAUGCCUAAAAUGGCCACCAUACCAUAUCGACCACCGCCAGCAUCAUCAGUACCUCCACCUCGUUGGCGGCCCACCCACCCCCUUGCGCCUCCCCUCAGUGAGGCGCGCCUCUGCACGCGCAUGGGCGUAGAAUCUGCGGCUGUGCGCUGCUGCUGCCGCUAUCAUUGAGACUCAAUUCCUCUUUCUUUUUUUCCUCUUUUUUUUUAAACGAAAAUGGCGUCCAGUCAAGGAAGUGUGGGAGCUGUCACGGCGCUCCAGAACCACCACCACUACCCGAGCGUACCUCACUGGAGCCCGGGUAGCAGCCAGUACCAACAGCAGUACCAUCAGCAACAACAGCAGCAGCAGCAACAGCAGCACCUCACGGCCCGGAGCCUGGAGCGAGCUCUGGAGGAUGCCGUGUGCUCCGGGAUUCUCAACCUAAGCGGGCGGAAGCUGAGGGAGUACCCGGGCGUGAGCUACGACCUCACCGAUACAACACAAGCAGAUCUGUCCAAGAAUCGUCUUUCUGAGGUCCCUUCAGAAGUUUGUCUCUUUGCCCCACUGGAGUCGCUCAACCUCUACCACAAUUGUAUCAAGUGCAUCCCAGAAGCCAUCAUUAACUUGCAGAUACUGACGUAUCUUGACAUCAGUCGAAACCUCAUAUCCGUUUUGCCCAAACACUUAUUCAACCUUCCGCUCAAAGUUCUGCUUGUGGGCAACAACAAGCUGGUGUCCAUCCCCGAAGAGAUCGGCAAAGCCAAAGAACUGAUGGAACUUGAUGUGAGUUGUAAUGAGAUCCAGGCGCUGCCAGCCCAGGUCGGGCGUCUCCAUGCCUUACGAGAACUCAACAUUAGGAAGAACUGUCUACAGAUUCUUCCGGAAGAGCUGUCUGAUCUCCCUCUCAUUCGACUUGACUUCUCCUGCAAUAAGAUCACAGAGAUCCCAGCAACCUACAGGAAACUCAGGCAACUGCAGCACAUUAUCCUCGAUAACAAUCCUAUGCAGUCUCCUCCGGCACAGAUUUGCCUCAAGGGAAAAGUGCACAUAUUCAAGUACCUAAAUAUUCAAGCGUGCAGGUCGGACAAAAAGCCAGACGCCCUGGACCUGCCGUCCCUCGGCAAACGCUGUCUUCCGCAGCCGCUCACAGAUAGCAUGGAAGAUUUUUAUCCCAGUAAGAACCACGGGCCUGAUUCGGGAAUUGGGAGUGACAAUGGUGACAAGAGGCUGUCAGCAACAGAGCCUUCGGACGACGACACCGUCAGCCUCCACUCUCAGGUGUCUGAGACGGCCCGCGCCGAUGCCCUCUCAAUCCUUUCCAAAAUGGACUCUUGCAAAGAUCAGGAUCUGUAUGACUUUAUAGAACCCAACCCGGAUGAGGAUCCUGCUCUGUCAGAGUGUGAUGGACAGCAGAACUGUCAUGUGUCGUGUAUUAAGGAAUUGGAAAAGGUUCUUAACUUGUCUCACCAAAGCAAAGACAAGGAGAGCUGGAAAGAAGAGUCGGGCUCUGACAAGGAGCAGCUAUUGGAGGAGGAGGAGGAUGACGAACUGAAGGAGGUGCUGGAUCUGAGGAAAAUCGCCGUCCAGCUUUUGCAGCAGGAGCAGCAGAACAGACGACGCUCCUUAAUUUGCCGAGCGGAAAGUCUGAUCCAUCGGCGCAGAGUGACUGGUCGAGCUCACAGAUUCCUAAGUCACUCUGGGAGCUCCAGCAGCAAAGCCAGGCCUCCUCCUCAAAUCCGCAGCGCUUCCUUGGAUGAGGGACAUAGUGGCGCAUCGAUGCUAAGUGGACAGCCUCCAUCAUCCUGCUCCUUUGACAGCAGCCUGAAUAUGGAUCAGUCAGAUUCCGAGUCCAAAUGGCCAGAAGUGCCGCCUGUCCUCAAUCAAAAUGAAGACCGCAAGAGAAACAAAUAUCUGAGAAAAGAUUAUCUCAAGUACAAAUGCCAGAGUGCCCGGAAAAACUGCAGCGGGAAUGAGGACUGUGAGGAGAGUUUGCGUAACUCGGAAUUCAGCACCGCACUCACCGUGUUUGGACUCAAGCCAAGAUCAGCCUUCGCCAGAGGAAGUCAUCAGGAGUUGAGCUCGACUGAGCCCAGCUUCACCAUGAGGAGAAAAAUGGAGCAUUUAAGAGAGGAAAUUGAGCAAAUCGGAAUCCUACGACAGAACAUCGAAUCCAGACUGAAAGUGUUGCUUCCAGACGAUGUCGGAGCCGCUCUGAUGGAUGGCGUGGUCCUUUGUCAUUUAGCCAAUCACAUUUGUCCUCGCUCUGUGGCCAGCAUUCACGUACCUUCGCCUGCAGUGCCAAAGCUCAGCAUGGCUAAAUGCCGUCGAAAUGUGGAGAACUUCCUGGAUGCCUGUAAAAAAAUGGGAGUUCCACAGGACAAGCUGUGUCUGCCCCAUCAUAUCCUGGAAGAACGUGGCCUGGUGAAGGUCAGCUUGACCGUGCAGGCCUUGCUGGAUCUGCCAGCCAUGAAGCCCACGCAACUAUCGGCUGCUUGACAUCAAUCCGUCCGGCCCGAGACCACGCCCACUUUACCGAGGGCAGGGGAAGGAGGCGGGGACACAUGACAAGAGAUCCCCGGCUGCUCUCGGCUAUGCUUGUGGCCGACAGAAACGGGAGAGAAGAUAGUCAACGUUCCUCCUGUCCCUGUGUAUGAUGUCACACACUUCCUGUUCAUCACGGCUUUGACUUUGUAUCCUCUUGCGACUUCCACCACUGGUACUGCUUGGACAAGACUGCGGCUCUUAAAAGAAGCCCUGCUGAUCCCUCUUCUCUUGAUGCUCAGUGGUUAGCGAGCCUGCGUCAAGUGCCGGGUGUGACACGUAACUCAUUGAUGAACGUGUAGUUCAAUCCGGCUCUUUCAACUUUCCACCGGUAACUGUUUUGUCAGUUUGAGCACUCUGCUGUUCCAAAACUUUGCCUUUCCAAACGCAUGACGACCAUGUUUUAUUGUUCCGAGUCAGGCAUCGCAAACCUUCUGUAAACUAGUGUACAAAUCCUCUGCUCGUCGAUACGACCACUGUGAUAACGCCUAGCCCACUGUGGUUCCAGAGCAUUUCCUCCUGUUUUUAUUUCAAGUCAUGUAUUUUUUUACAUUUUCUACCGUUUUUUUUAAUACUUUGCCACACACAGACACAAGAGAAGCUUUUUUAAAUCUUUGCUUUGGAUGCUUUUCCAGUAAAGGGAUCUAAACACACCGGGGCGACUUCCACAGCACAACGUACAGUUUCAUGCUCAAUGAUGUCGGAGGGAAAGCGGAAAUGAUUUUGGCAUUUGUUGUUUCAUUGCCGCUCCGGUUUCCUCCCACUUUCCAAAGACAUGCGUGGCAGGCUGAUUGAACACACUAAAUUGUCCCUAGGUGUGAGUGUGAGUGCGCAUGGUUGUUCGUCUCUGUGUGCCCUGCGAUUGGCUGGCAACCGAUUCAGGGUGUCCCCCGCCUACUGCCCGAAGACAGCUGGGAUAGGCUCCAGCACCCCCCGCGACCCUAGUGAGGAUCAAGCGGCUCGGAAGAUGAAUGAAUGAAUGUUUCAUUGCCAAUGUUUGAGGAUUUUGUUUCGCGCGUUUGUACUUUUGGCCCAUGCUCUGAUCAUGAUGCAGUCUUGAAUUGAAUAUUCUCAACCUCGUAUUUUACUGGUGUGAUUUUUUUUUCCCCCCCUUUUGAAUUGUAGCCAUUAUUUAUUUAUUUAAUGGUGAUUUCUUCUUACUUGAAAAUGAUUUUGAGUCUUCUUCGUAACUGCCAUCGACAGGACUCACGGGUCUUUUCAAAUAAAGGCCACAAAGUAAUUAAUGAGGACGGGUCUAGGGUUAACCAAGUGUUGACUGAAUUGCCCCCCCACCCCCCUCUCCGCUUUCUUCCUUUUCAUUUUUUGCCUCUGAGUGACUGUUUUCAAUUGUGACUUCAUCACUUCCUUCCAAGAAACACAUACUUCUUGUACUCUACUUCCAUUUUUUAUUUUUUAUUUUUUUCAUAUAAACAUGGUUGCAGUAUUUCAGAAACCUUUUCUUUCAACCGCACUAUAUGGAUAGGACAUGGGAAUGUGCUAAACUAGGAAUACAUUAUCUGAAUCAACUUCAAGUGUAAAACAUUGCCUGAAAACCAGAACAAGACAUUCUGUUACACUUGAAAGGAGUAUUUUUUUUGCAGUUAACGGGAAUCUGAUGUGAUCUCAUCCCAUAUCUGCUUCCCCUUUGGGGUUUGGUUUUUUUUUUUUAACAUAUGGCAGACAAACUGACCGAAUUUCAUGGAAGAAAGGCACAUUUAGCACUUUUUUUUUUAACUGUCAAAGGAUACCGGUACAUUUAUUUAUGUUGGCAUCAUGGAAACAGUCUGGUUGAUCACGAGUGAUGGUCGCAAGUUUUAUAACCCUCAUUUGCGUGAUUUAAGAGGGGAAAAAAAAGAAAUGAAACCAAUACGUAAGCUACCUCUGCGGUCACAUGAUUUGACUUCCACACCUUACCCAACAUAACUGUUUUGUUCUCCUCGAUGAAUUUACGAUCACACAGAUGAUAUGCAAAUGUGCUCACACGCAAACACACACAAAAGCUGCUUGAGAGAGGGCGAUGUGACUGCAUACAUGUUUUAACAUUAACCGUAAUAGUCUGUUCUGCAAAUUCCAUGAGCUGGCCAGUCUGUCAUGACUUGUUCAUCAUGAAUCAUAUGAGUCAUAUGACUCAUACCUUGCAUUAGUAAAACAAUCAUAACGACGUGAGCACCUUUAAAUAAUGUCCAUGACUCGAAAUGACAAAAAAAAUGGACCACACAUAUACGUCCCGCUUUUUGUUUGAGCGACACAGUGAAUGAAGGUGGAAAGAAGUGUAGAACAAUAAUUGUCAAAUUUCUUAGGUUUGGGUCUCUCGUACUCACGUGCUGUCGCUCGUUCUCGUUUUCAAAAAGCAACACGCAUCCGGUUAAUAUCAGCCUAAGCAUGCCCGCUAAGCUCCAUACCAGCCAUUUUAUUUUCAUUGCACAUUUCAACCAAAUGUCAACCAAAAGCACAAUGUCUAAAAGCAUUUACAAGCAAACAGCUCAAGAUA